AUGGCUGAAAGAUCUGUCCAUGUGAAGGUUCCUAUUGGUGGAACUCCAGUACAGCACCAUCCCAGAGCUGCUAAACGUGGCGGCGGGGUCGGCUUUCUCUACAGGGACAGUCUCCACGUCGAUAUUAGUCCACCAGGCAAAUUCGAAACCUUUGAAUCAAUGUCUGGAACUGUAUCUGGCGGCUCUACACAGGUUGACAUUAUAGUCAUAUACAGACCACCAGGAUACCAGUCUUUCACUCAGUUUCUUAUCGACUUCUCUGCGCUUCUUGAUGAGAGGUUGUGCAAACUAUACCCACUUUUGAUCACCGGAGAUCUAAACAUCCAUCUAGAUAACACUUCAUCCCAGCAUACACUCAGGUUUGUGGACCUUAUUAACAAUCAUGGCCUAUCCCAAUUGGUUAGAUCUCCGACUCACGACAAAGGUCACAUUCUGGACGUCGUUCUGAUGCGCAAUUCAGACAAUUUGUCAAUUUCGAAGCCAAGUAUCGUUCCAGGUAUAUCAGAGCAUGCUGCUAUCACUUGUGUACUUCGCUUCACUAAGCCUGCACGCAGCGACAGAACAUUUGCUUCCCGUAAUAUUAUAGACAUAAACAGGAUAGCCUUCGCGAAGGAUGUUGCUGAGAGCGACAUUAUGCCCUUAACGUCAGAGAGUGUCAACACAGCGACUAGUCGUUACAACACCAUUCUUUCUUCGCUCCUCGAUAUUCACGCUCCUGCCAAGAUCCGCAAGGUUCGAGACCGUCAGGACAAUCCCUGGUACAACGGCGAGAUUACUGCUGAGAAACGUAAACGUAGGCAGCUUGAGCGGAGAUGGCGAUCUAACGGCAAGCUUCACAUUGACAAAGAGAUGUUCCGUGAGCAACGAGAUUUCACGAACUCUCUCGUCGAACGAGCCAAACGUUCGUACUUUGUCGGGCUAAUCGAUAAAUGUGGACAUGACUCUAAGAAACUCUUCUCUACGGCCAAUCGUCUCUUGAAUCGGAAACAGAACUCUCCACUUCCAAGACAUGCUGAUAGUAAAGAACUGGCUCAAAGAUUUAUUCAGUUCUUCCGCUCCAAGGUUCAGAAGAUCCAGGACAGUCUCACUCCUGACUUAACUCCACCUGAUCCUGUCACGUCAGCAUCCCUCGAGACGAUUCAACCUACCACCUCUGAUGAGAUACAAUUACUGCUUCAAAGAUUGCCAGCUAAGUCGUAUUGUCAACUUAAGUAUCGUUCAGGCAUGCGUACCUUCUGUUCUUAA